CACGAAAGUUGGGCUUGUAUCGAACCCCAACACCCGUUUAACAGCCCUUGUGGAAAAUAAAAUCAACAUCUCAUUUCUCCUCAUCGCCGGCCUCUCUUUGUUCACAGAUGGAAGAAGAGAUGGAUCGCAUUUCACAGCUUCCUGAUUUCAUUGUUCAUCACAUACUCUCAUUUUUGCCUGACUCUCCUCCUGCUGAACUUGUUCGAAUGAGUGUGUUGUCCAAGACCUGGUUUCACCUAACCGCUUCUUUUCCCAUUUUAAAUUACGAUAUCUGUAAAUUUAAAUCUAGAGAAAGUUUUUUCAAGUAUGUUGAGUGCACCACCUCUAGAUUCUGCCACCAAAAUCUCACUGCACACAGGCUCACGCUCUAUGUAACCAUCCGGAAUCCUGCAGAAUUAGAUAUUGUCAACAGAUGCCUUGGAUUACUUCUUGUGAUUGGCGUCAAGGAGUUGUCCAUGUCUAUGUCAGCUAUGCCAAAGUAUCGUUUGCCUAACACACUCCUAUCUGUUUCUGUGUUAAAAUCGUUGAGCAUAUAUAACUGUGAGUUGCCUUCUUCUUUGAUGCAUGACGGUGUCGUCAAGUUUAAGUCUUUGAUUAGUUUGCAACUCCAAAACGUCCGUAUCGAUGAAGAGGUGAUCAAGUAUAUCACCACUGGUUGCCCUCUUCUACAGUGGUUUGAGAUGCGUUGUUGCUAUGGUUUCAAAAGAUUUUGUGUUUAUCAACACCAAAAUCUUCAAAGAGUUGGUCUUGUUGGAACCUCAGUUGAGAUAAUUGAUAUUGAAGCUCCAAAUCUAUAUAAUUUUUAUUUAGCAGCAAAAAACGCUGGUAGACGGCCACCAAAAUUGAACUUGGCUUCGUGCAAAAAACUAACUUCAGUGACUUACGAAGGGUAUCCCUCACCAAACUCGAAUGGAUUCUUAUCCAACUUCCCCUUUGUUGAAAAUUUGAAUUUGUUUACUAGUUGUGAAGGCAACAAUUUGAAGUUGUCAAGUCAUUCCUUGAGGACAUUGGAGUUAUUUACAGACUUCGAUUUGGAAAAAAUCGAGUUAAGCACCCCCAAUUUGGAUUUAUUUAUUUAUUGUAAUGACGACUAUGGUUGGGUUGGGGUAAGGCAGUUACCCCAUUUGAAAGCAUGUAUGGGAUGCUAUCCUGAUGGUUCUAUAGAUACUGCUUGGUUCCAGAAGUUGAGGCUCUUUUUGGACAAAAAAAUGGUUUCAAAGCUUCCAAUUUGUAUAUUUGCACGGAUCAGGUGCUUUCUUUAAUCAAACCGUUUAUCUAUUACAUUAUCGUGAACACUUAUAUAAAACAACCCCAACUCAAAGUUGUAUAUUCCUCCCAUUCCAUUUGUCUUGCAGAAGUUCAUAGUGUUAGAAAACAUAAAGGAGAAUGAGUUGCCACCUUUUGAACUUGAGCAUCUUGAGCUACAUUUUGAGCACGAAGAAUCGUUAGAUCAUGCGGCUUUUGUGGAUGCAGUUCUUUGUUGUUUCCGUCCUCGAUUUCUAACCUUAAGAUCAUCCUUUCCUUUAACUGAUUCUGAAGAACAAAGUGCUCUUGUCAAGUUUACUUACGAGAGGCUACUUGAACAAGAAAAUCAAGGCCAUACCAGUAUUCAGAUUGUGUCGCCUUACUCUUCCAAAGCACAAAAGCAGGGCUUGAUGUUAUUGGCAGACCCCUUACUUGAAGAAAAAGCAAUUAGCUUUAUAAAGGAAAAAAGGGACGCAUAUUAGUGAGUUAUUUUUAUAGAUACAUUCUUUACCUCACACGUUAAUACCCAAACAGAAGAAGCAUGCGGUCAAAGGUUUGCGGAUUUGGAGAAUUUAUGAUGCGUUGGAUGUAGGAGUCUAUCGGUUAAUUUGGAUUGAAGAUUAGAGUUUAACAAAUUGUAAUUAAACUUUAUAAGUAUUAUGCUCUUUUAUAUUUACAUAUGUAUUGGUGGUUUUGAAUUAUGACAAUACUGAUGUUUGGGCUAUAUAUAUUAAUAUAUAGUCCGUGGGUUUGCUUCAUUACUAUUUGUGGAUAUCUAUAUAUAUAUAUAUAUUUUUGG